AUGGGUCCAGGCAGGAACCUGAGUAGUGGUGUGACAGAGUUCAUCCUGGCAGGCUUCCCAAAUCUCAACAGCACAAGAGAGGAACUGUUUUCUGUGUUCCUUCUUGUCUAUCUGCUGACUCUGAUAGGCAAUGUGUUGAUUGUGGGGGUGGUAGGAGCUGACACUCGCCUCCAGACCCCCAUGUACUUUUUUCUGGGUAAUCUGUCCUGCUUAGAGAUUCUGCUCACUUCUGUCAUCAUUCCUAAGAUGCUGAGCAAUUUUCUUUCAAGGCAACACACGAUUUCCUUUGUUGCAUGUAUUACCCAAUUUUAUUUCUACUUCUUUCUUGGGGCUUCUGAGUUCUUACUGCUGGCCGUCAUGUCUGUGGAUCGCUACCUGGCCAUCUGUCAUCCUCUGCGCUAUCCCUUGCUUAUGAACUGGGCAGUGUGCUUGCGUGUGGCCAUGGCCUGCUGGAUGGGAGGACUCCUCCCUGUGCUUGGUCCCACAGUGGCUGUGGCUUUGCUCCCUUUCUGCAAGCAGGGUGCUGUGGUACAACACUUCUUCUGUGACAGUGGCCCAUUGCUCCGCCUGGCAUGCACCAACACCAAGAAGCUGGAGGAGACAGACUUUGUCCUGGCCUCUCUUGUCAUUGUGUCUUCGCUGAUGAUUACUGUUGCAUCCUAUGGCCACAUAGUACUGGCUGUCCUACGGAUCCCCUCUGCUUCAGGCCGUCAGAAGGCCUUCUCUACAUGUACUUCCCACUUGAUGGUAGUGAUUCUCUUCUACGGAAGUGCCAUUUUUCUCUACGUGCGGCCAUCACAGAGUGGCUCUGUGGAUACUAACUGGGCAGUGACUGUGGUAACAACAUUCGUAACACCACUGCUGAAUCCAUUCAUCUAUGCCUUGCGCAAUGAGCGAGUCAAGGAAGUUUUGAAGGACAUGUUCAAGAAGAUCAUAGCCAAGUUUUUAGGGAUUUUAUUACCUGAUAAUAGUUUCAAUAAGAUAAUAGUAAGGAAAAGUGAAAGGGCUGAGUAA